AUGACCAACGGCCGCUACACUAACGGACCUCCUCACUGUUUUAGAGCAGAGAAAAGAGAGAAAGACAAGCUGAGCGCAGAUUCCGACACCGUUCCGCAAAGGAACGAGAGAGGAUUGAGGCCGUUAUCUGCGCGAGCGCUCACAUCCAGAGCCGUGACGUCACUGUGUCCCGGCUCAUACGCGCGUGAAUCGGUCAGGUCUUUUUAA